UAAUUGGGAAUGUACGUUUGGCCAUGUCGGGCGUAAGCGGUAUUCCGAAGCCUAUGUGAAGGGUUUAUUAGAUAAGGUACAAUCAUACGAAGAGCAACUCAAUGCCCGCUCUCAAGAUUCAGCACAGCCACCAGUUCCUCUUCCUCCUGCACACCCUGACCCUUCCACACCCAACGUGACUGCCCUUGAUGAGCCAACAGUGGAGACCGGAUCUUUUCAUGAUAGCGAGCAGGGCGUUAGUCCAAUGACCGAUUUGACAUCGGGCCCAGCAUUUGAAUCACGAGUCAAGUCACUUCUUGAUAGGAACCAUGCAACCAGAAGCUAUAAUGCUCAUAUUCCCAAGAACACAGCCUCAAACGAAAUAUCUACGCAAUGGACAUCGGCCAGGCCGUUACUAAAUGACCAUGGUGCGCCGACAAUCCCAUCUCCAGAGGAAUCGCAACAACUACUUGAUCGAUUUCUUUUCUACCUGGGUGUUAGCCAGCAGUUCUUUGACCCUCGCACCUUUUCCGACUGCAUGACGCUGCUCUUUCAAAAUGAGGAAACACGGGAAAAUCAAAUGCGCACAACAUGGUUUACAGAGUAUCUGCUUGUCAUGGCAAUGGCAAAGCUGAUCGAUGUGGAAGACCCUUCGUUUCAACCACCAGGAGCAGAUUUAUUUGCAGAGGCGAUGAGACGAUUGCCGCGAUUAUACCAAUUGGGCGAGGAGGGCGUCAUUGCUGUUGAGAUCCUAACGCUUAUCACUACAUAUCUUCAAUGGUGUGACCGGAAGCAUGAUGCAUAUUUAUAUAUUGGCCUUGCAUUACGGCUGGCCAUUGCUCUGGGUUGUGAUAAACCACCCAAAGAGCAAUGCUGUUUGCCUUCAAAAUCUGCCCAUCGGGUGAGAUUGUGGUGGACUGUCUAUAUGCUAGACCGACGUCUUUCAUCUAGUCUUGGACUAGCGGCCGGUGCAGACGAACGACAGCUACAUGCAGAGCUUCCUCAUAACGCCAUUGGAUUUCAAUCUCCCAUUCCUCUUUCUAUCAACGUCCGCAUUGCACGGGCCACGGAUGAUAUCAUGUCGUGCUUGUAUGGGAAUGCAUGCACUACCCAAAUGGAACUUGUCCACAAGAUUCAGGCAAUCCUUCACAGUCUCUAUGACAUUGGCCGUUCUUUCCCCCCUGCUCUUGUCCUGGACUUUAGUCGCCCUCCUCAGGCAGUAACACGGACAGGAGCAUCGCUCUAUCUCAUGUUGUUCCAGGCCAUUAUCCUGUGUGUUCGUCCUAUUCUCUUACAACGCGUUCGUCAGGAGGUCGAGAGGCAAAACAACCAGCAGCCUCCGCAAUCCGUCCCUGUUGUAUUAGCACGUCUGUGUGAAACAUGUAGCGAGGCAGCCGCUAAAAGCCUGGCCAUUCUUUACGCCCUAAAGCGUCAACAAAUCAUUCCCCGAUAUGGCUUUUUUGACCUAGAUGCCACAUUUUCAGCUGCAUUCGUCCUGGUAAUGAUGGGCUUUGUCGAUAAGGCUCAGGACCGACCGCCCGCUGCCCUGGAUCAGGCGUUUGAGAUUCUUCGGUUCUUGUCCCGAGCCGGUAACUUGGCUGCGGAACGCCGUUUACAAGACAUUACACACUCUUGCUUGCAUGUCUGGUCAAACUUUGCCCUGGAAAGAAACCGACAGCAUGCCGAAACAGCACAGGGAUCUAGAUCUGCAGGUGCAAGUGAUAUACGCUUGCCUCAAUCACCACCACCUCCUCAACGUUCCACCGUAGCGGCGGAAGGCUGGACUAAUGACACAGACGAAAGUAGAUUACUUGAGCCGUGGAUGCACCCGGAUGCCAAUAAUACGACUUUUGACAUGCAGGGAGACUGGAACCUGGAUCUUUCGGUCGAGGCUGAGGAGAUUUAUUCCAGCUUCUUCGACCCAUCGAUGCCUCUUACCGGCGUCGAUCACUCGGAUUGGCAAGAGAUUGAGAAAAUAUUUGACAGGCAGAAUGGGGAUUGAAUUUUCUGGAUUUACUUUCUUUUAAACCUUUCUUGUUAGCUUUUGUAUUGGAGACUUGAUGGAUCGAUGGAGCGAUAAAUGGAGUAAACUUCUUUUUUUUUUUCAUCACUAUUCCCUAUUUUUUAGAUACAGAAUAACCAACAUAUAUAUACGCAUGAAAUAAUGCAAAAAGAAACAUUUGCCCGCU